AGUACUAUUGUUCCAGGGUAGGCCGCAUCCGAGGACACGGCACAGCUGAUUUGAGAAACAUCGCCGCGAUGGGGGACAAAAUGGACAUGUCUCUUGAUGAUAUCAUCAAGCUUAAUCGGAGUCAAAGAACAGCCGACAGGGGUCGGGGUAGAGGACGGGGUGUUCGGGGCGGAUCGGCCCGCGGAGGAGCCGUAGGCCGUGUUGGCGGAGGCCGUGGAGGUGCGGCCGGCGUCGGAGUGCCGAUGCGGUCAAGGCCUGUGCUGAGCCGCGGUGGGAGGAACCGGCCUACCCCAUACAGCAGGCCAAAACAGCUUCCAGACAAGUGGCAACACGAUCUGUUCGAUAGUGGUUUUGGCACAGGAGCUGGCAUGGAGACCGGAGGAAAACUUCUUGUGUCAAAUCUUGACUUUGGUGUUUCUGAUGCAGAUAUUCAGGAACUGUUCGCAGAGUUUGGUUCUUUAAAGAAGGCAGCAGUACAUUAUGACAGAUCUGGACGAAGCUUGGGCACUGCAGAUGUGCACUUUGAAAGGAAAGCAGAUGCUCUUAAAGCAAUGAAGCAGUAUAACGGGGUACCACUGGAUGGUCGGUCCAUGAACAUUCAGUUGGUUACAUCACAGAUAGAGGCACAGAGAAGACCCAUACAAAGCCAAAGUAGAGGUGGUGGUGUCGCUCGACCACGAGGAGGAGCUAUAGGGUUUGCUGCUGGUGGGAACAGACGUGGCAGAGGGGCAAAUCGGGGACGUGGAAGGGGGGCUGGAAGAAAUCCAAAACAGCAGUUAUCAGCAGAAGAGUUGGAUGCACAGCUUGAUGCUUACAAUGCACGGAUGGACACCAGCUAAUCCACUUUUGUCAUGUUUCUAUGAUGUUGCUUGCUCUAAAGAAAAUUCAACAGAUGGGAUUUGGUUUUUUUUUUUUUUAAUUUCCCACAGGUUUUAAACUCGUGUAAAACGUUUUUGUUUUUAAAAUUUCUAUUUCCGAUGCACUCCUGUUUUGUACGGAUUUAUGUUGGGACAUUUUAUUGGUUGAAUGUCGAUGGCAGGGUGCUCUUCGCCUUCCUCCUAAUAAAGAAAAAAAAAUCUUUGUUA